CACACCUGUGUCAGCGAUACGGGACUAUAUAAUAGGAAUCCGAGCCAACCAGCCACACAUCUUCCUCCAACCGCCGCCAUGUUGCGACUCUCGCUGCUUCUGGCCACGACGCUCACGCUGGUGCUGUGCCGGAGUCUUCCCAGUAACCGGGAUGAGGACCUGGUCUGCCCCGACGGAUGGACGCUGCUGGAGUCCUCGUGCUUCCUGGUGACAAAAUCGUCCGGCAGCUGGUUCGAAGGCCAAGACUUCUGCAACAGCUUGGAGGCCUCGCUAGCCACUGUGUCCAGUGCUUCCCAACAAGAAGCGCUCUCGGGUAUGCUGAAUGGAGACACCUGGAUUGGCCUCAGCGACCUCAAGGAAGACCACAGUUAUGCAUGGGCUGAUGGAACUCCCUUCGAGUUCUUCAGCUGGGCGGAAGGCGAACCCAGCAACUCGGGAACAUUCUGGAUCUUCGGCGAGAGCGAAGACUGCGUCGAGAUGCGACAGGAAUUCCGCUAUCUCUGGAAUGACGCUCACUGUGACGACGUCAAACGAUUCUCGUGUAGUCGUCCAGCUGACCCAGCGCCCACCACCACUACCACCACAACUACCACCACAACCACAACCACCACAACUACCACCACUCCAGCACCCGCCUGUGAGGAAGGAUGGCAGAUGUACGAGCUGUCUUGCUACCUGGUGAGCGAAGCUGUGGCCUCGUGGACGGACGCCAAAGGCAACUGCAGUGUCCUUGGAAGCGUGCUGGCCUCCGUCACCAGUGAGGACGAACAGGCGUUCGUGAGCGGUCUGCUGAGUCGCAGCGCCUGGAUUGGUCUCAGCGAUCAGGAAACCGAAGGAGAGUUUACCUGGGAGGACGGCAGUCCCUUUAACUACGACAGCUUUGAGGAAGGAGAGCCCAACAACUCGUACAUGUACCUGACCCUCGGCGUGGGCGAGGACUGCGUCGAGAUGAAGCAAGAGUACGCCUACCGCUGGAACGACGAGCUGUGCCCAGCUGAGAGAGCGUUCGUGUGCGAGAGACCGGCAGAGUAAGGUCUGUUUCCUCCCAAGUUGCGUUGAGGAAGCGCAUUCGUCUUCACGAUCAAGAUGUAUAUGGAAGAUUCAAUGACUCAACUUGACCUAUUUCACUGUAAACCAUUUGCAAUAAAUGGAAUAGAGCAUCA